AUGGGUGUAGUAGCUACGGGCUCUGCCAUCCAUCCAAACACAACAUCUCUCACUUCCCUCCGGAGCACUGCUAGUCGUCCCGUCUCUUUAGGUGCGGCCGUUUCCAGUAUCCGGAGCUCUGCUAUCCAUCCAAACACAACAUCUCUCACUUCCCUCCGGAGCACUGCUAGUCGUCCCGUCUCUUUAGGUGCGGCCGUUUCCAGUAUCCGGAGCUCUGCCAUCUCGAGCACAAUUCCUACCUCUUCCGGUACGAGUCCAUCGGGCACGGUGCCCGCCAGCAGCCUUUCCACCUCAAGCGGAAGCUUCUCAAGCCAAAGCCCCCUCACGAGUUCAUCGAGCCAAAUCACAUCAAAAAAUGACACAGCUACUGUCUUUGGUUCAUCGUCGAAAUCCUUGCCAUCGGGCUUGUCGACAGGGUCUCAAUCAUCAACUGGAUCUCAGCCAGCAACCACGUUAGCCUCAGCAACUACAUCUCAAUCAGCGUCAUCCGGAUCGUCCUCAUCUUCCUUGCGGUCUUCUUCCAUUUCAACAGGACCAAUUAUAACGACCGUGACUACAAGUGGAAGUACCCAAAUCUUGACUCUCCUACCCUCUAGCAUCACAUCGCCUCCAACUCUUGUCAUAAAUUGGAGUACGGUGAUACCUACUACAACAUCUGGAGUGUCGUCGGCAACUCAUGAUUCACAUGGAUGGCCAAUUAUUCCCGCUGUUAAUUGUUGGUUCUGUCCUCCAAGUGGAGGUGUUGGAGGUAUUGGCUUUGUUAUUCCCGGCAUCACAGGUCCUGGCAUCCUGCCUCCUCCCCCGCCUGGAGUCGAACCGCCUCCAGGAUUCUCGUCAAACAUGCCAUCUAUUACGUUGGAUUCGGCUGGGGAUCCUACUUAUGAAUCAACAGAGCCUACUAGCCAGCCUACCAAUUCUGCCUCUACAAAUACAAAAUCGUCGUCGAGCUCCUGUACCAGCACUACCACCGGAUAUGAUUUAUACGUUACCUGCACUUCAGUCACAAGUACGGCGCUAUUGACAUCAUUCGGUUCGGCAAGCUGUGAAACGUCCAAGGUUACAACAACGGGAUGCGAUGUGACAACGACGGCUUCAACAACAACCGUGGGUGCUUGUCCUUUGAGCGCAUCAGCAAGUAUCAGCGCAGUAUACCUCAGUGAGCGUGCCGCCGCUGGCACAGUCGUUUCGGGAACAACAUACCCAUUGGCUCUGUGGCCAACAGAGGAUUCAGUCUCGUCGUCCCUCGCUGUUCCCACCUCUGGAAGUUCAUCUGGAAGUUUAUCUGGAAGUUCGGCGUCUAGCACCUCGAGUGUUGCAUCUACUUUAGCGACCUCAACAUCUAGAAGUCCUUUGUCCUCUGCACCACUAUUAACAACGCCACCACCAACGCCACCGCCAACAACAACAACAACAAGUACUGCACCAACCGGCCCCACAGGAUUCCAUCUCGUCGCGCUUAGGUGCAGCGCGGCCACCUGCAAAGAUACACUUGAGAUUGUCCCAUCCGCCCAGGAUUCAUGUGGCACAAUAGCCCAAAACCAGAAGGCCUGGUGGGGAGGAGCGUUCCCUCAUCCUGCCGAGGAACAAACCGAGUCCGCUGCCGAUCAGAUCCCACCUUUCUCGGUACUUAAGGAUAGCAACGACUUUGACCUCAUCUAUGCAUUUGGAAAUGACUUUUCCGCGGAUCUUUGCGGGCUGCCAAAGCUUAACUUUACUUUUACGCAAAGCAGUAGUACACAAUGGACUUGGUUGGACACGGAUAAUAACUCCGGGACCUGCUACGAUAAUACUGGAUCCCAGGCUUCGACUUGUAGUCACAGCGACUUAACGUACACAGCACAGGAACUAUUGGUCUGUGUACAACCGAAUAACCCAAGUUACUGCGCUAGCGUCAGCGUAUAA